ACAAGCAUUGUAACUGCGAAUUGCAAAUCGCUGAUUCUGUGAAGGAAUUAACCUCUUAUUGGUUAUAACCAAGUUGGAAUCAAAAUGGCUGAAGAGGAGAGUGAAGAAGUUCAUGAAGAUAUCUUCAAUUUAGAUGAAGCUGAGCAUGAAGUAGCAGGAUCAUCUUCAGAGUCAAGUGUAAAAUCUAAACGGCUUUUUCGAAAAGAAUUACGGUGCAUGAUGUAUGGCUUCGGUGAUGACGAAGUUCCUUACACUGAAUCUGUGGACUUGCUAGAAGACAUGUUGAUCGCAUUUAUCAAUGAAAUGACACAGAAAGCCAUGCAGAUUGGCAAAAAAGGUCGUGUUCAUGUAGAAGAUAUCGUAUUUUUGAUUCGCAGAGACCCAAAGAAAUAUGCUAGAGUCAAGGAGCUACUAACCAUGAACGAGGAACUCAAAAAAGCAAGAAAGGCAUUUGAUGCUGAAAGCUAUGGUGAAUGACCGACCAACUUGCAAGAUGUAAACAUACAAGGUAUUGAAUUGUUUGAUUUGUAUAGCUUGGUUCAAUGCCAUAGAAGUUGACGAAUUGCUUUGAGGCAUAUGCAACGCGCUGACGGACCUAUACAAAGAGAUUUAACUCUGAAAGCAAUAUGUAAAAAUUAGGACUUUGAAGAUGAUUUUCAACAAUCUGUAUAAUUGGUGAAAAACAGCUCGGAAUUUCAUCGUUGCGGUUUUCAUUAUUGGGUUUUGUUAAUUUUUCUAUUUGCAUAAGGAUUUUGACAAGUUGUAUGUGCCUUAUGGAAGAAUCUGGAUUUUUCAUGAGUAACAGGACGUUUUCAAGUGAAACAAUCAUUGCCGUGCAGUUUGUUGGAAAACAUUGCCAAUCGGUCAAAGAGAAAGAGAUGUUUUCGGAGUUUCGCAUUUCAGAGUGGUGUUGCGACAAUUCAAUUUACUGUAUUAGAUUAAGUGUAUACUGUAUUAAGGGUUAAAGACUUUCCACUUCCAUAAUCAUGUAGUAUCUCAAGAUUCACACCAUGGAGCCCAAUUUUGAGUCAUUCAAAUCUGAUCCAGAUGCCCAUUAAUCCUAUUUGGAUUAUCUUAAGAACUUUUGAAGGACAAACGUCAGUUGUUUUGUUGAUAAUUGUUACCAAGAGUUUUGAUUGACAAAAGGACAAAAAAGGUGUCUCUGAAUGUAAUUUACCAUGUUGUUUCAUCUCUAGAUAAUUUUUCAUGGAUUUUUAGUCUUAUCUUCCUGUUUAGUGACACGUUGGAUGUGAACGUGAAUACCCAUCUGAUCUGAUCCUCUUCGAGUCUCAUAAGGUUUUCUUGAAUGCAUCAUUAGCACUGAUGCCAUAUCAACUGUUGUAACAUAUUUUGAAACUACGAUAUCCUUCAGUCCACUAGCCACAGUUCAUUUUAUCUUCACUUUCCUCGAGUUUGAGUCGAAUUUCCUAAGAGUGACCUCUCACAUUAUGUGAAUCACAUAUUAGAAAAGAGCAACGUUCAACAAGCAAAUGAUUUAAUGUGGUUUAAUGUGAGAACCACUCCAUUCGUUAUCAUAUCAAUCCAUAUCAAAUUCCCUAGCACGUUUUAUGGUUAGCAUUUGUUGGAUUUGUAAGUUCUGAUGACCUGUUUGGACGUAUGACAGGAAAAACUGUUUAACUUCUUACUUAAUUCUCUUUGAAGCUACUUCACUCAAGUUGAUAUUUGCCUUGUAAAGUUAAGCAGAGAUUUUUAAUGCACGUAUGUGACACGGCGAAUUAACAUGUUA